AUGACAUACCAUGAUAAGGUGGGCCCAUGGCGGGCUGGCCCACGUCACUCAGAAGAAAUGUCAAGGGUUAGGUCACUGAAGGGGCUCGAUACACUGGGAGUGAAGGAAGACUCAAACAACUUUGAACAGGAGGAUGAGUUGAAGAAUGGUCUGGUACCGGGUCUGCCUAUGGUUGAGGAAGAAGACGUGUACAACUGCAGAUGGGAGGAUGCUGUAGAUGCGCAACCCAUGGCCUCUUUGAUGACUCUCGGCCAUCAAGAUGAUCCAUACAAUUGUGGAUGGGAGCAUCGACCGGAUGAUGGUGCGGGGCUCAUGGACUCAGUUAUGACAGUUGAAUGCGCAGAAGAUCCAUAUGACUGCAGAUGGAGCGAUCAGCAGGAUGAUGGUGCAGCAUUCAUCUCAGGUGUUGCAACAGAAGACCUGUACAAUUGCGGAUGGGAGGAAGAAAAAGAUGCCGACAGUGCGUCCCCGGUCACAAUUCCGGAGGACCCUUAUGACUGCAGAUGGGGAAGUGAUGCCGACAACCAGGAUAUUGCAUCAAGACAUGACCCUCAAAAUGGACAAAUCGGUCGCCGGACGAACAGUCCGACUCUGAUGGAUGGGCUUUAUAUAAUUGACCUGACAUCGUCUUCUGGAUCUCCCAAAUCAACAAGAGACGCCAGAUAUGGGCCGAUGAGCAUAGAGAUACCGGAACUUGCUCAGCAUCUUUGCAUGGAGUGUCCCAACGGAACACGUUUCAGGAGGCCAGCCUGUCGAUGCACUUAUGCCAUCCAGCACCUGAACAGCAUCAGUACUGAUCAGCGAAAUGCAUCUACACAAAAUAUGGUCAAGCAAAAUCCUGCUGGCAUGCCUGACUCACUUCCGGCAGCCACAUUGCGGGCGAACCAAAGGCUCAUAGGUGCAUACGCAGAUGCGCAGGGACAGAGUGACAGAGCUCGGCGCAUUAUGGAUCCGUUGGAUGCCAUGGUAACAAACCUUCAGCAAGGUGAUCGGUAG